ACAAUUCAGUUUUGUUUAGGUUCAUUUCGUUACAAACGCGAUGGUCCACUCUGUACCAUCCAAUGGGUGGACCGCAGCGUAGUCACACUAAUGAGCACCCUUCAUGCUGGACACCAUCAUACUCCUUGCACAAGAUAUACCAAGGAUCGCGUAAAGUAUGAUGGGUGUCGCAGGAUCACUAUUUCCAGACCUGAGGCAAUUUCAGACUACAACAGCCACAUGGGCGGAGUCGAUAAAUCCGACCAGAUGAUAAAAUACUACGAAGUUCUCCACAAGAGCCUCAAGUACUGGAAGAAGAUCUUUCUGCACAUGAUUGACUUAGCCGUUUUCAACAGCUACAUCAUGUUUACUGCCCUACAGGAACAACAUCCUCAAGACGAACGUCUCAAGAGGAGAGGGCAGUAUAGGCAGAAAGACUUCAGGUGUGAGCUUAUCCGAGGGUUGGCAGGAAUCGAUCUUCACGAGUUUGUACCACAAUUUUGUUCGACGACCAAAAGGAUAGUACAGGUUCAACCGCAACAACAGCAACAACUGCAAGAACAAGUACAGCAACUACAACAACAAGUACAACGACAACAACAACAAAUGCAACAACAAGAAAUACAACAGCAACAACAAAUGCAACAAAUGCAACAACAACAACAGCAACAAGAGCAAAUACAACAGCAGCAAAUGCGACACGUUUUAGAACAACAACAAAUACAACAUCAACAACAAAUGCAACUACAACAACAGCAAAUGCAACGACAACAACAACAAAUGCAGCAACAACUACUACAACAACUUUUAAGACAAGAACAACAACUGCAGCAACAACAUCAACCUCCACCCCCACCACCACAACAACAACAAGGUCCACACAAACAGCCAAACCCUCGGUAUAGCUCACACCUCCCGAUUGUAACAGAGCGGUUAGUACGUUGCAUCGUUUGCUAUUCUGAAGGCAGAAAGCACACAAAGACGAGAUAUCGGUGUCAAGAAUGCAACGUACCCCUCUGUGUGUCAUCCGCCGAGAGACAGUGCUUUCGCACUUACCAUUCUUGACUAUACAUAUAUUUGUAUAUGUAUUGUGUAUGGCAGGGUCGUAGGAGCUGGUCCAGGGCUAGUCCGGCCAUGGCCGGACCACGUUUUGAGUGAACUUUACCAAAGGCCUAUUUUAGGCCUGUAGUAACAGGUCCGGUUUGGCUGAAAUAUCUCUCAAAAACUGUACUUGUGACAGUUGACUUACUGUUGAAAAUAGAGGAGAUUAAAUAACUACUAUAUAUGUAUAUAUUUAUUAUGUAUAUUUUUAUAGGUCCCACAAGGAACUAGCCGUACCAUCUAAACUACAUCUAGCUAAUAUCAUUUUAGCAUUGCUACACCACAGUCUAGUAGAGAGUUGCUGAUGGAAAUGACAAA